UGUGUGUGUGUGUCUGGUGUGUGUCAGUGCGACUCAAAGACUGUGUGGUGUAACUGCUUGGAUUUCAAAGUGUUUCUACACAGUCGGAUUGUGAGUCGGUCUGAUGAGACUCUCAUUGCUCAGGUGUUAGACUCAGCAGCUCUGUGUGUGUAUGUGCGUGUCUGUGGUUGUGUUUCUAAGUGUGUGUGAGGUUGUGUGUAUUUGUGUGAACACUGAGGAUGUCUAACUCCACCAUCAACUUCUACGCCCUGUCUCAGUCCUUCAGCUCCUCUGAUAUUAUUGUGAUAGCAACUUACUUUCUUCUCAACAUCGCAGUCGGCAUCUGGUCGUCAUGCAGGGUGAGCAGGAACACCCUGAGUGGAUACUUUCUGGCUGGACGGGACAUGGCCUGGUGGCCGAUCGGAGCGUCUCUGUUCGCCAGCUCCGAGGGAUCAGGGCUCUUCAUCGGUCUGGCCGGGACUGGAGCGGCUGGAGGCAUCGCUGUCACUGGCUUUGAAUGGAACGCGACCUAUGUGCUGUUGGCGCUGGCCUGGGUGUUUGUGCCUGUCUACAUCUCCUCAGGGAUCGUGACGAUGCCCGAGUACCUGGGUCGUCGAUUCGGGGGAGAGAGGAUCCGAACCUACCUGGCUGUCCUCUCGCUGCUGCUGUCCGUCUUCACAAAGAUAUCAACGGACCUGUACUCUGGAGCCUUGUUUGUUCAGGUGUGUCUGGGAUGGAACCUCUAUCUGUCCACUGUCCUCAUGCUGGUGGUCACUGCACUCUACACUAUAGCAGGGGGUCUUGCUGCCGUCAUCUACACAGACACCCUGCAGACGGUCAUCAUGAUCAUAGGAGCGAUAAUCCUGACAAUCACUGCCUUCAACAAGAUCGGGGGGUACAGCAACCUGGAGCGUGUGUACAGCAUGGCGAUACCCAGCAAGAUCAUUCCCAACAGCACGUGCCACCUGCCACGCGAGGACGCCAUGCACCUGUUCAGGAACGCCGUCACCGGGGACCUGCCCUGGCCUGGCAUGACGCUGGGCCUCACCAUACUGGCCACCUGGUACUGGUGCACCGACCAGGUUAUUGUCCAACGCUCCCUGUCUGCAAAGAGCAUGAGUCACGUGAAGGGAGCAUCGAUCCUGGCCGCCUAUCUGAAGAUGCUGCCCUUCAUCUUCAUCAUCCUCCCUGGCAUGAUCAGCCGAGCGCUCUAUCCAGACACUGUGGGAUGUGUCGACCCGGAGGAGUGUGUUCGAGUGUGUGGGGCGGAGGUGGGAUGCUCCAACAUCGCCUUUCCCAAACUGGUCAUUGAACUCAUGCCGAGUGGCCUGCGGGGGCUCAUGAUAGCGGUGAUGAUGGCAGCUCUGAUGAGUUCACUGACCUCCAUCUUCAACAGCAGCUCCACCCUCUUCACCAUGGACAUCUGGAAGAAACACCGGCCCCGGGCCCCAGAGAAGGAGCUGCUACUGGUCGGCAGGAUCGUGACGGUGAUCCUGGUGGUGGUGAGUGUGGUGUGGAUCCCCAUCCUGCAGUCGGCCAACAGCGGCCAGCUGUAUGUCUACAUCCAGUCUGUGACCAGCUACCUGGCUCCGCCCGUCACCGCGGUGUUCACUCUGGCCAUCUUCUGGAAAAGGACCAAUGAGCAGGGUGCAUUCUGGGGCCUGAUGGUGGGCCUGGUGGUGGGUGUGUGCAGGAUGGUGCUGGAGUUUGGGUUCCCUCCUCCCAGAUGUGGCGUCGUGGAUUCAGCUCCUAACGUGCUGCGCAGCGUCCACUACCUCCACUUCGCCAUCCUGCUCUGUGGCCUCACCGCCAUCGUGGUGACCAUAGUGUCGCUGCUCACGCCGCCGCCAACCCCGGAACAGUUGUGUAACCUGACCUGGUGGACGAUAACCGAGCCGCCACAGAGAGAAAUUCCUCUUCAGAAAGUGUCCUCUGUCAGCCACCGUAGAUCCCAGGGCUCCGAUCCAGCUCUGCCGGGGACGUGCGGGCAGCGGGUGCAGGGAUUGUGCCUCUCAGCAGUGCGGCGGCCGGAGCCAGCUCCAGCUCCCAGAGUUCCCACUCUUAGAGAGAGUGUGUUCUGGUCGAGGUUCUGCUGUGCUAACGCGCUGCUGCUGAUCUGCAUCAACAUCUUCCUCUAUGCAUACUUUGCCUGAGCGGAGAAUUUAACAUCUGACUUCCUGCUCGUCGGCCAAACAGCAACAUGACAUCUCCAGAUCCGAGAAGGUGGAGAAACAAACAGAUUUAAUUGAAGAAGAUUUAGUCUCAGGUACUGUAAAAACUUCCAUAUUUUAAAAUAGUAAAUAUCCAGAGAGCUAAAUCCUCACAAACCUCUUCACGUAUUAGUUUCCUGAUGUAUGUUCAGACAUUCUUUCAUCUACAUGUGGAUCCACAUCUGUGUCACAUUACACAUAGGGAUUGGUAAUAAUGGAAGACACAUGUUCUUUUAAGUUAGUGGAACAAGUCAUGAGAAAAAGGUCAAAAAUGCACCGUCCGUUCACAAUGUUAUAAAUCGUGAGCAGCUCGAAAAACACCUUAUAAUAUCUACUGUAGUUUUACAUGUCAUGUUUAAUAUUGACUUCUGUCCCACUAUUAGUUAUUUGUCCAUACGACUUCACUCAUGUUGUGAACUAUAAAUACUGUGAAGCUCUUGCCAAACUAACAUCAAUACACGUCGUAUUAGAAAAUAUACAAAUAUUACAUUUAUGUGUUUUGGCUUGAAGGUGACUCUCAUAUUUCAAUUUCCUUAUAUUUAUAUGAAUAUUGGUAGUUAUACAUUUAUGUCGAUGGCCUUAUGUCUAUCGUGUAAAGUUUUGUGAACGUUUAGCUAUCGCACUAGUGAUCUAUCACAAUAUUUAACUUUUAUAUUAAUAUAAAUCUGAAAGUGUCUCCCUUUUCUUUACCCUGUACCCAAAUUGUCAACUGUCAAUAAUUUAAAUGUCUGUUUUCAAAAGUGAAGCUUGAACUCCAGAUGCAUUCCAAUUAUAUUAAAUAAUAUUUUACAUUUAUUUGUUGGUAUUUUAAUAGUUUAUCGAUCCUGAAAAGUGCCUCCUGUCCUACUAAGCUCACGACUGAGAGACUCUACUAUAGUGUUAAUGUUAAUUGGUUAAAUCCUUGAAGAAGUGUUAAUAAGUACAAACUGCUGGAUUUUGAAAAACUUGUGUCAAUUAAAAAGACAAGAACCUGUUCAUCAAA